UCAAUACACAACCGCCAUGAGAUGAACCACGCCAUGUGCAUGAGCUUGUACUUCUCCAGCGCUAUACUCCAGCCUUUUUGGAUUGGAGCCCAAAAUUCCGACGAUGGGUUCGAGUACGAGGAUGGAACUAACUUCAAGUUCACUAACUGGCUUCCUAAUCAACAAGACAACAACCAAGACAACAACCAAGACAACAACCAAGACAACAACCAAGACAUCAACCAAGACAACAACCAAGACAACAGCUACCAAGGACAGGACGGCUGCAUCGAGGCCAAUUCUCAGGAAUGGGGAAAGUGGAACAACGUGAGCUGCUCGGCCGAGUCGGCCUUUCUGUGCGUGAAGAAGAAGCGCUCCUUCCUCGAUGACAUCUGCGUGGACAUUUUCCACUCGUGUGACAGCGACAGCGACAGCUGAGCUGCAGGUGGACCGU